AUGUUAAGUAAAAAAAAUUCAUCAAACGUGUGGUGCUAUUUCACUAAAAAUAUAAAUAAACCUGACGAAGCUAAGUGUAAUUUAUGUCAUACUGUGUACAAACAUGGUCACGGUACAUCAAAUCUGCACGAACAUUUGCGCCGUAAACAUAAGUCAAAACUUGACGCAGAUAAGUCUAAAUUUGAAUUGGACAAAGAUUUAGAUUUGCAAUUUCAACAAGGAGAGGCAUCAACAUCAACAUCCAAACGUAGUUUUAGGGAAACAACUAUAAUGACAAACAAUUCAAUUAAUGAAGUUCAAGUACCUGUAUUGAAAAAUCAAACAAAGCAAUUACUUCUUUCAAAAAGAUUUGGUAUUCCAUCAGAAAAACAAAAGACAGACUUUGUGAGAUCGAUUGUUGAAAUGAUAACUGAUGAUUUGCAACCACUAUCGUUUGUUGAAAAUAGUGGAUUUCAAAACGUUAUUCGAUUGCUUGAUUCAAGGUACUUAGAGCUUUUACCAAGUCGCCGAACACUAACAAGAAGCAUCUUACCUGAACUAUACUCUACUACCAAAAAUAAACUACAAGAUAUUUUGAACAAAUCUAGCUAUAUUUCCAUUACUUCGGAUAUAUGGACAUCAUUAAAUACAGAUUCGUUUAUGACUAUUACUGUCCACACGUUUGAUAGUGCUUUCGUUCUUAAAACAUUUGUGUUAUGCACUUUAAAAUUAGAAAAUAGUCAUACAGGGGAAUAUCUUAGUCAAACGUUGGAAAAUAUAUUUAAUGAAUGGGGAAUUAGACACAAAAUUGUAGCAAUUGUAACAGAUUCAGGGGCUAAUAUUAAAUCUGCCGUAAAAAAAUUACGAAUACCACACAUACCUUGUACAGCGCACAUAUUAAAUUUAAUUGUUACCCAAGCUUUAGUAUUUAGAAGUCCAUAUGGUGACAAUACUGACAAUGAUGUUUUAGAACCUAAUGAAUGUCAAAAUACUCAAAAUCUAAAUGAUUUAUUAAAGAAGUGUCGUUCCAUUAUGGAACAGUAG